AUCCCACGUGACUGGCUCCGCUCUCAGGCUAUCAUGGCGGCUCCCAGUGGGAAGGGAGCCCGGGCGCCGGAGGCUCCGGGCUGCGGGCCCCGGCCGCUCGCCCGGGACCUGCUGGACUCGGUGGACGACGUGGAGGGGCUGUACGUGGCGGUGGAGCGGUGCCCGCUGUGCAACACCACCCGCCGGCGGCUGACCUGCGCCAAGUGCGUCCAGAACGGCGACUUCGUCUACUUCGACGGCCGCGACCGUGAGAGGUUUAUAGACAAGAAGGAACGGUUAAGCCGACUUAAGAGCAAACAGGAAGAAUUUCAAAAAGAAGUGUUAAAAGCUAUGGAAGGAAAAUGGAUAACAGAUCAGUUGAGAUGGAAAAUAAUGUCCUGCAAGAUGAGGAUUGAACAGCUGAAACAAACAAUAUGCAAAGGAAAUGAAGAAAUGAAGAAAAAUUCUGAAGGCCUUCUCAAAACCAAGGAAAAGAAUCAGAAGCUUUAUACUCGAGCACAACGGCAUCAAGAGAAAAAGGAGAAGAUUCAGAGGCAUAACCGCAAACUGGGGGACCUAGUAGAAAAAAAGACCAUCGACUUAAAAAGUCAUUAUGAGCGUCUGGCAGAUCUUCGGCGGUCUCAUAUAUUAGAGCUCACCUCUGUCAUCUUCCCAAUUGAGGAAGUGAAGACUGGUGCGAGAGAUCCCGCGGAUGUGUCUUCAGAGAGUGACAGCGCCAUGACCUCCAGCACCGUGAGCAAGCUUGCUGAAGCCCGGAGGACGACUUACCACUCAGGGAGAUGGGUCUGUGACGACCACAAUGGGGACACCAGCAUCAGCAUCACAGGGCCUUGGAUUAGCCUCCCCAACAACGGAGACUACGCUGCCUACUAUAAUUGGGUGGAAGAGAAGAAAACCACGCAGGGGCCUGACAUGGAGCAUAACAACCCUGCUUACACCAUCAGCGCUGCGCUGUGCUAUGCGACUCAGCUGGCCAACAUUUUGUCUCAUAUACUCGACAUAAAUCUUCCUAAAAAGCUGUGCAACAGUGAAUUUUGUGGGGAAAAUCUCAGCAGACAGAAAUUUACUCGAGCAGUAAAGAAACUGAAUGCAAAUAUUCUUUACUUGUGCUUUUCUCAGCAUGUAAAUUUAGACCAAUUACAACCACUGCAUACCCUCAGGAAUCUAAUGUACCUGGUCAGCCCGAAUUCUGAACACCUAGGCAGAGAGAGGAAGGAAGAGAGAAAAAAACAUCAAUGUGAGAGAGAAACAUUGAUUGGCUGCCUCCUACACACCCCCUACUGGGAUCGAGGCUGCAAUGUGCCCUCAUGGGGAAGCAAACUUUUGGUGCAUGGGAUGACACUAACUCAACUGAGCUACACCAGCCAGGGCAGGAUUAUUAUCCUUACUUUCACACGGGGAAACGUGGUAGCAGGCCAACUAACUCGUGCCCAUGCUCACAGAGCCAGUAAAAGUGGUGGAGCCAGGUCCCAACACACCUGGCUGACGACUCCCAAGUACUAGGUACUCAUGCUUUUAACCAUGCACAUUAACCUUAUCACAUUAACACACUAAAGAAGAAAGAACGUAGGACUAACCUGAUACAGAUGCCAGAAAAGCAAUGGAUAAAAUUCAGUUCCCCUUAAUAAAGAAAACUAUCAAAUUAAAAAGAGAUUAUUAAUAAAGGAUACCUACCAUAAGCAUGGAGCAAAAGCUAUGUUUAAUGGCAUAUUGCUUACAUAGACAUUUAGGGGCAGUACCCUGUCGUCAGGAAGAAAAAGGGUGCCCUGCUUGCACUGCUACGUUAACAUGGCUCUGGAGGCCCAGCCAAGGCGGGACAUUUUAAACAAGGAAUAAGGUGCAUUUAUAUUGGAAAGAAGGAAACCAAGCUGAUCUAUUGUAGAUGGUAUGAUUAAACUGGAUACCCAGAAGAACUACGAAGCUGUUAGAAAUGAUACUUGUAUGGCGUCUAAAUAUAAGAUCAACAUACAUUAAAACAGUUGCUUUCUUAUGUGCCAACCACAACUUAUUAAAAAAAAGUAAGGGUAAAAAAGAUCCCUUUUACUUUAGCAACAAAUGCUAUAAACUAUAGAGAAGUAAUCCUUACAAAGCACAUGCAAAUUUAUGUAAAAAUUUUGGAACUAAAAAAAAAAUAUUCAACCUGUAAUUUUUGAAUGUCUGCCCAGCACUGUAUGAGGUGUGGCACUGAAUGCAAGGAGGCCAGGGUGGUGAUUUUCUAGGAGGAAGGCUCAGUAUUGUAAAGUGCUACUUCUCCCAAAAAGGAAACCUGAUCAGAAUUUUAGCAGAUAUUUCAUGGAACUUUGAUAGGCUGAUUCUAAUGUUUAACUAGAAGCAUAGUCUGCAAGGAAAUUUUGACAAAUAAUAAUAAGGGAUGGUCUUGGCCCCUUUUAAAACAUAGUAUAAAGGUAAUUAAAACAAGACCCUGUUAGCAUGCAAAUCGGUGGAGCAAUUAAAGCAAUAGAAGAGAGUCCAGGAACAGACCCUUGUGUAUGUGGGAAAAUAAUAUAUGAUAAGGGUGGCGUGUUGAAUCAUAAUAGCUCAAUGGUGGUGGGUCAGUUGGGUAUUCAUAUGAGGAAAAUGUUGGAUUUAUACAACAUUCCACAUACAAAAAUUAAUUCCAGAUGAAAUAAAAGACUUUAAUUUUAAAAACUAUAACUAGGAGAAAAGAGUGUUUAUAAUCAUAGGGUGGGGAGGGGAUUCCCAAGCAAGCCACAAAACCCAGAAACCAUGUAGGAAAGGAGUUACAUAUUUUUCUAUGGAAAAGCUCUAAAUGUCUCUGGUAAAAGAUACCAUAAACAAUGUUAGAAGACAAGCAAUAGAUAUAUUUUACAGUCUCUAUAAGAGACAAUGGAUUAAAAUCCAGACUCCUUAAAUCUUUCAGGUCAAUAAAAGACAGGCAAGCAACCUCAUAAAAAAAUAGAGAAAGUAUUCAAGCAGGCAGUUCACACAAAAGAAAUGCAAGUAGUCACAAUUCAGAGGAAAAACAUCUUUAGCCUCAAUCAAGAACAAAGAAAUGCAGUUCAAAGCAUGUUUCCAUUUUUCAUCUAUCAGGUUAGCAAAAAGGAAAGGACAUGAUGUCCAGUGUUGGUGGUUGUUUAGGAAAAUUGGCAAUCUUGUAUUAGGGGUGGACUUCCUUGUGGAUCUGAGUUUUCUCUGGGCUUGCCCUUGAGUCAGCCCUCCAUUUGGAGGGCUCUGUCCUAGAGACGUGCACACACACAGCCAGGCUCUCGUCACAUCUGAGCUUUCCUGGUCUGUGUACCAGGAGGUCGGCGCUUCAGAGCCCCCUUUCCACACCUCCCUCAGUCAGGCUGAGAGAGACUGGUAAUGGAGCUUGGGUGGGACGUCCUGUUUCCAUGGAGACCAGCUAAACUGAGGAUUCCAUCCUGAAUCCAACAUAACUUACUCUUCUUUGAAAUAAAUGCAAACUUACAGAAAAAUUAAAAAAUAGUACAAAGAUGCAUAUACCCUUUACCCAGAUUCAUCUUUGUUAGUGUUUUACCCCAUUUGCUUUGUCAUUUGUGCAAUCUCUCCCCCCUCCUCCCUCCUCUCUCUCCAUAAAUACACACACACACAAAUUUUUUUUUCUGAACUCUAUGAGGAUAAGUUACAUAUGUCAUAGCUCUUGACCCCUAAAUAGUUCAAUGUGUAUUUUCUAAAAAUGGGAAUAUUUUCUCUUCUUUUUUUUGGGGGGGGGGGGGAUGAUAUUUUCUUAACCACCGCCCAGUUAUCAACAUCAGCACGUUUAACAUUGAUAUAAUACUUUAAUCUACUGCCGAUACACACGUUUUGUCAGCGCACCAGAUAAUGUCCUUUAUAGCAUUUCCCCCUCCAGGAUCCAAUCUAGCGUCGGGUGGUACAUUUAAUUGCUAUGACUCUAAAUUUGGAACAUUUUCACAGCUGCCUUUGUCUUUUAUGACAUUAUUUUCAUUUUUCAAAUAGAACUUUAAUUUUGCGAUUGGGUGUUUCCUUGCAGAUGCAGGCUAUGCAUUUUAGGCUGGGACACUGCCUAGGUGGGAGUAUCUCCAGAUACCACAUUUGACCAUCUGUCCUUUAUUGGUGACGUUAAUUCACAGUCAGGAUGCUUUCUGACUUGGCCGCUGUGUAAUUCCUACAUGCUUCCUUCCUUGCAGUGUGGGACCAUGCAAUUGUUCUCCUAAUCAGAAUCCCCCCCUGGAUUUAUUAUCUAUUGACGAGUCGUAUCUGAGCCAGUCUUUACUGUGCUGGUGCCUACAUUCACACCUUACCAUCCAAAGUCUAGAGUUUACUCUUGAUGCCGUACAUUAUAUAAUAUUUUUGAAAUAAGCUGUUGGCAAAAAGAGACUUUUAAAAAGCCAAGAAGAUCAAUCAUCUUGUUGCCUUAGUCGAUAAGGAUAACAUCCUGUAUCAUGAGAAACUGAAUGCUCUGGCUUCAGGGUCUUGAAUAAAAAUAUGUCAGUUAUUCAGCUAAACUGAAAAUUAGAAGAAUUAUUUUAUAAUUUGUAUUUCCCAAAGACAUUAAGCAGAAAGACUUAAUUCUUCCGCUAGUUAGUUCUGUGUGAUGUGUGUGUGGCCCAGGCAUGCUGGGCAGGUAGUAGAUUAUGCUGGAAGUGAUGGGAGAAGCCGCC